AUGGGUAUCUCACGAGACUCGAGACACAAGCGCAGCGCCACUGGUGCAAAGAGAGCAUACUACAGAAAGAAGCGUGCCUUCGAGAAGGGACGUCAACCAGCCAACACCCGUAUCGGCAACAAGCGAAUUCACCUUGUCCGCACCCGAGGAGGCAACACCAAGUACCGUGCUCUGCGUCUGGAGAGCGGCAACUUCAGCUGGGGCAGCGAGGGUAUCGCUCGCAAGGUCCGCGUCAUCGUCGUGGCGUUCCACCCAAGCAACAACGAACUCGUCCGCACCAACACCCUGACCAAGUCGGCCGUCGUCCAGGUUGACGCCGCCCCGUUCCGACAAUGGUACGAAGCACACUACGGCACCACCCUGGGCCGCAGACGACAGGGCCAGAAGGACGUCGAGGAGAAGAAGGUCAGCAAGAGCGUGCAGGCCAAGCGCGAGGAGAGACUGAAGAGCUCGGGCAAGGUUGAGCCGGCGCUGGAGAGACAGUUCGAGGCCGGUCGCCUGUACGCCGUCAUCAGCUCUCGACCCGGCCAGAGCGGUCGCUGCGACGGCUACAUCCUCGAGGGUGACGAAUUGGCCUUUUACCAGCGAGCCAUCCGAAAGUAA